AUGGAUAUGAAGAGUAGAAAUUAUCUACUUUUGAAUCGUCAAGCAUUGGAAAAAGACAUCAAGACCUCAUACAUUGUGGAUCAUAUGAUUGCUGACGGAGUAUUGACUUUAGAGGAGGAAGAGGAAGUAAAACAACAGAAUACUCAGAAGAAGCGAGCAGCUAUGCUAAUAAACAUUAUCCUUAAAAAAGAUAAUAAUUCGUAUAGAUCUUUCUAUAAUGCACUACUUCAUGAAGGGUACAGAGAUCUCGCUGCACUACUUCAGGAUGGCAUCCCUGUCUUCUCUGCGGGUAAUGGGAAGAGUUCUGUGGAUGAAAUGACUUCAUAUGUUAAGAUGAUCCUCAGCGAAGGAGGUGUGCCACAGAGACCAGUUGUGUUUGUUACUCGCCCAAAGCUGGUAGAUGCCAUUAAGCAGAAACUCUACUGUUUGGGAAGUGAUCCAGGUUGGGUCACAGUUUAUGGAAUGGCAGGUUGUGGCAAGACAGUUCUAACAGCAGAAGCUUUAAGGGAUCACCGACUCUUGGAAGAUUAUUUUCCAAAAGGAGUUCACUGGAUAUCUGUUGGAAAACAGGACAAAGCAGGGCUCCUAAUGAAACUCCAGAAUCUCUGUAGUAGGUUAGAGCACGACAGUACCCUUUCACAAAGACCACCCCUUAACAUUGAGGAGGCUAAAGAUCGUCUUCGUUUGCUGAUGCUACGCAAAUACCCCAGGUCUCUUUUGGUCUUGGAUGAUAUUUGGGAUUCCUGGGUGUUAAAAGCAUUUGAUAAUCAGUGUCAGAUUCUUAUUACCAGCAGGGACAGGAGUGUAACAGAUGCAGUGGCUGGCAAUAAAUAUGAGGUUCAUGUAGAAAGUGGAUUAGCACAUGAGAAGGGGCUGGAGGUCUUGUCCCUGUUUGUGAAUAAGAAAAUAACCGAACUGCCAGAACAAGCUGAUUGCAUUGUAAGGGAAUGCAAAGGUUCUCCUCUUGUGAUAUCCUUGAUAGGUGCUUUAUUACGAGACUUCCCUGGUCGUUGGGAAUACUACCUCAAACAGCUGCAGAAUAAGCAAUUCAAAAGAAUAAGAAAAUCAUCAUCUUAUGAUUACGAAGCUCUUGAUGAAGCAAUGUCCAUAAGUGUUGAACAACUGAAUGAAAACAUUAAGGACUAUUACAAGGACCUUUCCAUCCUCCCAAAAGACGUUAAAGUUCCUACUAAGGUUCUCUGUAUUCUUUGGGAUAUGGAAACUGAAGAAGUUGAAGAUAUCUUACAGGAAUUUGUUAACAAAUCACUGUUGUUCUGUGAUCGUAAUGGGAAGUCGUUCCAUUAUUAUUUACAUGAUCUUCAACUUGACUUUCUUACAGAGAAGAAUCGCAAUCAGCUUCAGGAACUACAUAAAAACAUAGUAAAUCAGUACAAAAAAUAUUACAAGCUUAAUAUGCCUGUUCCAUCUCAAGAGGAUUGCAUGUACUGGUAUAACUUUCUAGCAUAUCAUAUGGCAGGUGCCAACAUGCAGGAGGAACUCUGUGAUCUUAUGUUUUCUCUGGAUUGGAUUAAAGCUAAAACAGAGUUGGUAGGCCCUGCCCAUCUGAUUCACGAAUAUGUAGAAUAUAGUUCAGUCCUGGAUCAAAAGAAUAGCAUAGUACGUGAGAACUUCCAGGAAUUUCUGUCUUUAAAUGGGCACCUUCUUGGACGACAACCAUUUCCUGACAUAAUACAGCUGGGUCUUUGUCAACUGGAGACAUCAAAGGUCUAUCAACAAGCAAAGCUACUUGCUCAACAAGAAGCAGGCAUACUUUAUUUGGAGUGGAUAAAUAAGAAGUCCAUGAAAAACCUCUCCCGUCUGGUAGUUCGUCCACACAGAGAUGCAGUGUACCAUGCAUGCUUUUCUCAGGAUAGACAAAGAAUAGCAUCGUGUGGAGCUGAUAAAACACUACAGGUGUUCAAGGCAGAAAGUGGAGAGAGACUUCUGGAGAUACAGGCACAUGACGAUGAGAUAUUUUGUUGCGCGUUCUCUGCAGAUGGUGCCUUUGUAGCAACUUGUUCAGCUGAUAAAAAAGUGAAGGUCUGGAAUUCAAGAACGGGUCAAUGUAUGCGUGUGUAUGAGGAACACACAGAACAGGUCAAUUGCUGCCAAUUUAAUAACAGAAGUGGUCAGCAUCUUUUAGCCACCUGCUCAAAUGACACUUUCAUCAAACUUUGGGAUUUGAACAGACAAUAUUGUAGAAAUACGAUGUUUGGUCAUGUCAAUUCUGUGAAUCAUUGCAAAUUUUCACCAAAUGAUGAAUAUGUUGCUAGCUGCUCAACAGAUGGAACAGUAAAGCUUUGGGAAGUGUGCUCUGCAAAUGAACUUAAAACCAUUGAGAUAAAAGAUUUCUUCAGAACUGCAGAUGAGCAACCAGAUGAUGUGGAGAUCUUAGUUAAGUGUUGCUCUUGGUCACGAAAUAGUGCCACAGUUUUGGUGGUAGCCAAAAAUAAGCUCCUGCUCUUUGAUGUUAAAACAAGUGAUCUAUUAAAGCAAGUCGUCGUAAGUCAUCACAGUAUGAUCCAAUAUUGUGACUUCUGCCCUGGUGAUGAGUUAGUAGCAGUUGCUUUAUCUCACUGCUCUGUAGAGUUAUGGAAUAUUAAAUCAUUAUCAAAAGUAGCAGAUUGCAGGGGACACAUGAGCUGGGUUCAUUGUGUGACAUUUUCUCCAGAUGGAUCUUUAUUUGUCACAUCCUCUGAUGAUCAGACAAUACGGAUUUGGGAAACAAACAAGGUGUGCAAGUCUUCUGAUGCUGUGCUGAAAAGUGAACUUGAUGUGGUAUUCCACAAUGAUAAAGUGAUGAUUUUAGCAAUUUACAAUCAGCAGCAUUUACAACUUAUUAAUGGAAAUAAAAACAGCAUUUUUGCCGCAUUUGGACAGGAGAAUGGAACAAUAAAGGUACUACAGUUGUCGGAUGGGAAAGUUUUGAAAACCUUGAACGCCUACCGGGCAUCUGUGCAGCAUUGCCAGUUUACCUCUGACUGUCAGACUCUUAUUUCAAGUGCUCAUGAUUCAGUAAUACAGGUAUGGAGAUGGCAGUUGAAUGAGCGUGUGUUUCUAAGAGGGCACAAAGAAGCAGUCAAGGAUUUUAGACUUCUGGAUAAUUCAAAACUUCUUUCUUGGUCAUUUGAUGGAACUGUUAAGGUGUGGAAUAUCAUGACUGGAAAAGCAGAAAAAGAUUUUACUUGCCAUGGAGAUACAGUUCUUUCUUGCGCUGUUUCACCUGAUGGCAGCAAGUUUUCAUCUGCUUCUGCUGACAAAACUGCAAAGAUAUGGAGUUUUGAAAGCUCUUCUGUUCUACAUGAGCUGAAUGGUCAUGAAGCCUGUGUGCGAUGCUGUGCUUUCUCUUCUGAUAACAAAUUCCUAGCCACUGGAGAUGACAAAGGCGAAAUAAGGAUUUGGGAUGCCUUAACAGGAGAAUUACUUCACUACUUCUCCCCAGUUACUGUAGAUGAAGGAGAACCAACCCAUGGUGGCUGGGUAACAGACCUCUCAUUUUCUCCUGACAGUAAGAUGCUUGUGUCAUGUGGAGGCUAUCUUAAGUGGUGGAAUGUAACUACUGGAGAAUCCUUACAAACCUUCUACACAAAUGGAACAAACCUCAAGUCAAUACAUGUGUCCCCUAACUUCGACAUUUAUGUGACUGUUGAUAACCUUGGUAUUCUUUAUGUAUUACAAAAGAUGUGAUUAAUGUGAUGAAUGUUGCAGAGAUCAGGUAGCUUGCUCAAUUUUUGAGCUAGAAACAAAAUUCUGCUAACUUUUUCUGGCAGUCUUUAAGCUGUGAAUUAUAUUU